CGGGUAUUUGAGGAGACUGAGACUGUAGCAGAUUGCAUUCUUUCGUGGCCAGUCAAAAGUCAGAACAUGAUCUUCUUCGAAGUUCGAGAGGAUCACUUCGGCUUCAUUGAAUCACCCAAGGAUUGGCUUGGGGAGGCAUUUGCAAACGCCAACGGUUUCCACUCCGCCGAGUCCGUUCAGAAAAUGCUGCUGAAUUUCACAUCUUCGGGGUUGGCAGAGUGGCACGACUUCUUGUAUAUCCGCAAACCAGGUGAGAAGACCUGGACUCGACGCAUGUGCGUUCUCCGCAAUUCAGGUCUCUAUGCCUCCAAGAAGAACAAAAAAACCUUUUCUCCCAGUGAUUUAGUUCGACUCCUAGUUUUGGAUGAUAAACUCCAUAUCUACACAACCACCGGUGGCUGGAGCCGAAUGCGGGCUCCAACCCCUCAUGGAUUCGCGCUCAAGACUUAUGCUGCCCAGGACUUUAGUUCUUCCCACGUAUUCUGUUUCUGCGCCCCCGAUGAAGCCGCUCUGAAACAAUGGGCUUGCCGACUUCGGCUAGCAAAGUAUGGAAUCAGUUUGCUGCGUGACUAUCAGGUGGCCAGGGAGCGAAUGAACACCAACCUCGGCGGUGAUACUCAAAUGCCACAUAACACCGUCGAGCUCAAGAAGGUGAUGCGCCAGUCUUCCGUUGAUUAUGCGCGACCCUACACCGUCCAAACGCCCCGUCGUCAAGCUUCAGCUGGAAACCUGAACUCCAUUAAACCGAUGUGCACACCCCAAAUUGGUCAGCAGCGUGUGGCCUCUUUGACUCCUCAACCAACUUCAGUUGUCCUUCGGCAUUCACCAUUUGAGACUUCAAUGAAUGGUAAUGAUUACAAACACCAUUCAACUGGAGUGCCGUCUCAACAUUUUUACAUUCGAUGA